AGUAAAGUAGAAAGGAAAAAACCUAGUACCCAUAUCCUUUGGCCAAUAAAUUUUUUCUGUAAAGAUUCGCCAACAAGGAAAUAAGUAUCUGGAUCUUCAAGUCGAUCCCAACCCUAAUGUGUCCCUUGGACUAAGGCUUGCCAGUUUUUAAGUUGAUCAGAGAAGGAGGGAGGAUCUAUCGGAUAGUCUUCUAGCUUUGCUUGGUAGCCUCUAACUUCAUUUAUGUCAAUUUUGACUAAAUGUCGGACUGACUCGAUUUUGAGGUCCAUCCAUUCUGGAGGAGUAUUGUCAAAUGUGCAUUCCACAAAAUUUUCCUUUUUUGUAGAAAUAAUGAUGCCUGAUUUCUUUGGAAAAUCUUUCACAAAAUCUGGGUCAUGAACCCAUAAUUUAUGUAGGAGACCGUAGUCAAGUAGAGUAAAAGGGAUAAUAUGUCGCCCUUUGUAAGCUGUAGUGAUGUAGGAUUCAUAAUCCAUGUUAGCUCUUCUGAAAGUAUAAAGAAGCUGGCAUUGACAGCCAUAUUUAUCUAAUUCUAGACAAGGUGGACCUUUCUUCACAUUUAAGUUUUGGGCUGAAUUCAGCUUUGUAUAUAAUUGUCAUUCCUUGAGGAAGUGUUUUGUGAAAAGCUUUCAGGACUUCGCAUAAUUCGAUAAAAGUUCGUAAAGUAGAUUUUUCAGCCUAACUACGAACAUAAGUGUUAAUGUCAUCAGAAUAGUAUUUGGUAAUCCCGUCAGGCGCAUCUCAUAUGCUCGUUGCAAAGCUGUAGUCUUAUUUUGUUCUUUGAGAUGGGCUAGAGUUAAGUAGCCUGAUAGGAGUUUUGGCAGUGUGAUCUGUAGUAGUAUCUGCCAAGCUGUUCUCAGGAGUAUGUUCUACAAUUUGAGCAUAAGUGAGAGUAUGUGUGUUAGAGUGGUAGUUUGUAUUGGUGUAGUUUGAAGAGAUGUACUAAUAAAUAAAUGUGACCCAAGAUGAGUUCUGGCUAUUGUAAAAGCUUCUUCGAGUGAAUAAUAGCCCUUAAAGUAUGAAUGUUCUAUGUUUUGAAUGGCUAAGUUGAUUUUUUUUCCCAUGUAGAAUACACCCCUGCCUGAGGUCUUGAGAAGAACUCAUAACAGGAAAAUUUCUUUCCUGCUAGUUUUUGUAUGGUAGUACGGAAAUAGUUGGAAAGAGUGUUAAUCAUAGCAAUCCCUAUUGUUCGUAACAAGGGAUUAUUGUUUGUAUAAGGGUGAAUUUGUGUUUUUGGAAGAUGUCCCUCUCUAUAGUCCAUAGUUCGCAUAGAACUUUCUGGAUAUCUUACUUGUAAAGGUUGUGGUGUCGUUGCAGCACUAGAUUCUGCAGGAUUCAUUAAAUUAACGUUAGAAAAAAAUUCUUUCUUUUUAGUUAUAAUGUUAUGGUCUUCAUCAAAGUAUAAUAUCCAAUCUUUUUCUAACUUAUGAUGUAGUAGGUCAAAAGUUUCUAAUUUUGUAAGAUAUUAUUUUGUAAAAUAAUUAACUAUUUCAAAUGGGAGGCAGACGUAUUCAUUUAAAUUAUCAUAAAAUAAAAACUUGUCCUCCUUCUGUGGGUAAGUACUGGUUUCUAUGUUCAUUAGAUUUAAUGCAGGUUCGUUAUCUUCCUGUUCUUCUUGGGAGGUUGAGGUCUUAUAAUUGUAAAAUCUUACUAUUGAUUUGCUAUGUCUGACUUUAUACCUGAUGGAUUCGUUUGGUUGUAAUAUUUGUGGUUUAAUGUUUAGAUCUAGAUUAAGAUUCCAAUCUAAUCCAUCUCCCUCAGCCCAUUGCAAGGCAAUUCAGGAGACCCUGAGCCUUACUUUAGGGGUUUGUAAUCUAUCGCGAGCAUAUAAAAUCUGUGAGUUUGUCAUAUCUUCUCCUUAUUUUUAUUUGCUUGCAUAUAUAUAUACGUUCAAUCCCUCCCCCACCCCCCACUUGGUAUUAUAGCUGCGUCCAAGAUAUGACCACGGUAGUGUAAAUCCUAAAGAGGUCAAGGUACUUAAUGGUGUGAUGUCCCUGCUACUAAUUAAAGAACCUGUUGUUUUAUUCACUAAGUCUUUAGUGUUAUAGCAUAGAGAACCCCGGAUCUGAAAGAUGGAGAUUCGACAUGCAUCCUUAGUAAGGCUAGUAAGUGUGUAAGACGGCAAAUCUGAAGGAUCCAACUGGUAAUACUCACUUCUCAUAUAAAGGGCUUUAGAAGAUAUAGUGUUAAGAACCUUAUGUUCUCUUAGUAUAUCUGUGCAUUGUAAUAAGGCGACCAGGAAGGUAACCGAUUGCAAAAGGCCGUAGAGCCCUUUAAAGUAGCCAGUCGGUUGAGCAUGAAAGUUUUCCUAGACUCUAAGCCGUAAACAAACACAGAAAGAAUAGGGGAUUCAAAGUCUCAUACCUCAAACCUAGAGUACCUUGAUCUUGCUCCAACUACCAAAGUUUCAAACCAUCACCUCUUUCAUAACCUUGCCGUCAUUUAUGAUCGAACUUGCCUAUCUUCUAAGGUCAACCUAAGAAACUUCAAACUUCUCUUUGAAAAACAACAAGAUCUUGAAAAAGAAAUUGUAAACCUAAAAAUCGCCUUGACAAACCUAACUACAAAUUGCAUAGAAGGCAAACCUCUCACAAAACAUUAAGCCACAGAACUGGUGAUCAAGCUUUCUCAACAACCAAAGCUAGUAGAAGAGGAGGCCAACAAAUCCGCAAAAAUCCUGAAUAAGAAGUUGGAAAGGGUGGAGCAACUGCCUCACAAAAUAGGGAAGUUGAUCGCUUGAUGAGCCACACUCUUACAAGAGGAACCAAAUCUUACAAAGAUGCGGUGCAAGCAACAAAGCAAAUUGAGUCCCUCGCUGUAGGUUUUGCAAAACCCAAUGACUGCCCUACUGUCUCAGCAUCAAGUAGUGCCCUCAUCAUACAAAACAGCACACAGCUUCAGCUACUAGUCCAAAUUACUGAAAGUCUCAAAGACAUACAGGCAGACUUGAAAAUAAUCAUUGAGCAAUCAAAGGGAGGUAAAUCUUCAGUCAGUUUACCUGAUUCCUUGAUUGAAAAAUUGCAAAAUUUGUCUCUGGGACCUUCGGAGAAACCAAAAGAAAAGAGAGGCAAGCUAUGAGUAUUCAAAGAUCCCUACAAAAUUCUAAAGGAGGAGCAGGAAAAGUUAAACAAAAACUAGAAACUAGAUGGCUAUGACUACCAGAACCAUCCAGGAGCAAGCAGCCAGCCUCCCACAGAUUCCGCUCUUUGAAGAUCAAAUUCGUGAACAUAGACGCAACCACAGAAGGCUACAUAAUGCCCAGCAGGCCAUAAGGAGGCUGGGAAGGAGGCUUAUGGGAGGAAUCUCUCCCAAUGACACUCUCGAGCAACAAAUAGAUCCGCCAACACAACUGCGGCUCUCUAUGCAAGAACGAGCUGCCAUCGUACUAGCAGAAGUACUUUAUCAUUCCAGAAGACAUGAUGCCAACAAUAGAGUAUACAUCCAUCGAUCUGAGGAAGCAAUACUAUGCAUUGAUGGCAACCAGUAAGACUAAGCUUUCAUACAAGAGGAAAGCUAUACCCAGUUGUAGAGAAGUCAUAUGCAAUACAUCCAUUUAGGAAUCUUGCAAGUCCGUAUUCAAAUCCUCCACCGACAAGAGGAGGGAACAAUGACUCUUAUUGUCUUUCGAGACAAUCGGUGGCUAGGUGAUCAAGCUAUUUUAGCUACUAUGGAAGUAGAUCUCACACGAGGAAGUCAGCUAAUAUAUGUUAUUCCUGAUUUAAUGCUAACUAUCAGGGAUUUUUACAGAAAUAUACAAAUGACCAUCCUCACCAAAGGCUACGAGCAAUGGCGGAAUGACGAAGCUAACCUACUAAUAACAAGAGGCUUUGUGGGAAGACUCUCCAAUACCCCAAAUGUCGGAUUUGCUUAUGAAGUUCAAGGGGUGGUGGAUUAUUUUACAAUCCAUGGGGUUCGAGUGCUCCCAGGACGAUGGUAUUCUACUACCACACUGCAAGGACUAAACUGGAUAAUAAAUCCAACGCAGGUAAAUAUCCCAAUGCAACCAUCGAACGUCGAGAGCCUAAACCUUAUUGACGGAAGAAUCUCUCUUAAGUUUCCGAAAUUAUGCUGCUGCAUCUACUGCAAGACAUCCUCAUUUCAACGAAAAGGAUGAAGAGAUUCAAAGCGAUGAGGAAGAAAUCAGGUCUUCUCAUACACUGGCAGUAUUCCUUGAACUAAGUACACUUAAAGAGUCUCUGAAGCAAAAGCAUGAGGACACCCUACGGGAAUUUGAGGAGAUCCAGCAAGUCCCUACUAAUCAACAAGAUUAUCCUUUCAUAUUAAUUAAGAGGCUGUCAUUAACAGCCACUAUACCAGAAAGAAAAAGUCCAGGAGCUGUGGGUUUUGACUUGGCAGCAGACAAGGAUUGCUAUAUUACUGCACAAGGACGAGCCUUGGUAUCAACAGGCAUAAGCAUGGAAGUCCCUUUCGGCUCUUAUGGAAGGAUUGUGGCCAGAUCAAGUGUAGCAUGGAAGAUGGGUUUAGCCAUUGGAGCAGGAGUUAUAGACUGCGAUUAUAGAGGUUAUUGCUGAGAUUGUGAGACUAACUCAAAAACAAGGACUGAAAGGUGCUAAAGGAGGAUGGAAGGAUUUUCUAUAUUGUCAUGAUGGGAAAUUUGGUUCUUGUUUAAGUGACCCAACUAGGAGGACAAGAGAGCUCUUGGUUGAUUUUUUGCAGACAUUUACAAAAGAAGAACAAAAAGUGUUCAAUAAAAUGAUAAGAAGGAACAAUGAUCAUAAUGCAAUGAAGCAGUUCAUCAAGGAUUGUUUACAUCUUGAGUCACCUAAACAGAGGUUGGUCCGUUUGACAAUGGAACAUCCAAAAUACACAAAACACUUCUGUUUCCCAUUCUAUGAUAAGGAGUGGGUAAUUACUCACCUAGGUGAAAUUUUUGAAGCAACGAAAUCAGAAACUAUGCUUGCGGUUGAUUGUGAGAUGGUCCUUUGCCAGGAUGGUACUGAAGCAGUGGUGAAAGUAUGUGUGGUAGAUCAAGAUUUGCAGGUCAAACUUGAUCAGCUUGUAAAUCCCAUGAAGGCUAUUGCUGAUUACAGAACCAACAUUACUGGGAUAUCUUCAGAGGAUUUGGAAGGAGUAACUUGCUCCUUAGCCGAUAUACAGAAACCUUUGAAGAAACUUUUAUCACACGGAACUAUCCUAGUGGGCCAUAGCUUGUAUAAUGAUUUACGAGCCCUGAAAGUGGAUCACCUUAGAGUCAUUGACACCUUGUGCAUCUUCAAGUUUGCAGGUUUACCUACCUAUGCACCUUCCUUGAACACAUUGUGCAAGGUAGUGUUGGGUUUUCCAGUUCGUAAUGAUGGGGAAUCACAUAAUUGUCUUAAUGAUGCACAAGCUGCUAUGAAACUAGUUCUUGCUAAGCUUGAACGUGGAUAUGAGGAUCCAAUUGAUAGCACAGAUGUGGAAAUACCUCAGUAUGACUUGGCAAAACUACUGCUACACAGAAUACCACUUGAAGUACCUUCUCAAGAGUUACAGAGGCUGUUUUCUCGAGAAUAUGACGUCACAGUUGAGUCUGCUACGAGGCAUCGAGGUGAAAGUUAUUCGACAUAUGCUGUCUUCAAUAAUUCUAUAGAGGCAGAUGAGGCAUUCAACAAAAUUAAUGGCUAUUUAACUAAGGAUUCUUAUGGUCGACCCCAGAAAUGCGUCUUUUUGAAUCUUAGUAGUGGAAAAAAAAUUCAGUUGUGUGUCCGCAAGAUGGCCAAUGGCCUAGAUGUGUCAAAGAGGACACACGAUGAGAAUGCUGAUUCCAUGCAGCAACAAUCAGGAGAUGACACUGUCACAAAAAAGUUAAAAACUUGUUCAUAUUCCUGUGACUAUAUUAAGGAGAUUGAGAAAUUGAGAGCAGAUUUGCAACAAAGGGAAGAGGAAAUAUUUAAUUUGCAAAAGGCUCUCUCCGAAGCUACCAGAGAGCAACAUUUGUGAUAGGAAUCAGUCAUCAUAAAAAAGUUGUAAAAUUAAUAUUAACAUCAUUAUGAAUUUUCAUUAUUGAGAAUUUCAACCCCAUUUCAUCAAAUGUUCCACCAAAGACAAGAUCUCAUGAAGGUUGGACUAUCUUAAGAUGAAGCCAAUUAAAAUUAUCUGAGAUUUCAUCCGGAAAUGGUGUUUAGAUGAAUCCCUGGGACUAUUGUAGCUAAGAGGAGGUUGUGUGUUCGGAUGAGAAAGAUAAUUUAAAGGCUUCUGUUGACUCUUGCUGCAGUGGGGACAAUGUAAGCUGACAAGUCUUUUCUGUGUUCUUUUCUCUCUUCUAGGAAUUUUGUUACUCUUCAUUGUAUUGUUUUGCUGAGUGAUGCUGAACUGAGUCGAUGAGUUCCUUACGUUUGCCAUUACUUGAUGGAUUUGGUCAGGGCCCGUCCUUAAGAUGCUAUUCUCAUUUUUGUUCUCAUUAAUGAGUAGAGGAAUUAAUCUUCAGAACAUAGCAAUGUAGAUUAAUCACUUUGAUUUUUUUUUUUGUCUUUUCAACUUCAUUUGAUAAAUCAUCAAGUUUCUCUUA